AUGAUUCAGUUGGCGACGAUUGAAGGUCCGCAGCACAUUGUGGAUUCGCCCAAGAUGGUCUCAACCAACGGCUUCAGUGCUCUUAAUUCUAUUACAAUCCGAAACCAUCGCCCGGGCGACAUGGGCUACAUCACCCACCGACACGGCGCAAUAUACUCCACAGAAUACAACUACGGCGCGUUGUUCGAGGCCAUGGUCAGCCAAAUCACAGCAGACUUCCUCCUCAAGUUUGACCCAGCGAAAGAACGAUGCUGGAUCGCAGAGAGGGACGACAAGUUUUUGGGCUCCAUCAUGCUCAUCAAGGACCGCGAGACAGCAGGCAGAGCGAAGCUGAGAUGCUUCCUUGUAGAAAAAGAAGCAAGAGGUUCCGGCUUGGGAACAGAGCUGAUACGGCUUUGUGUCGACUUUGCGAGGGAGGUCGGCUUCGAGAGCAUUGGCUUGUCAACAGAUAACCACCUGAUCGGGGCGCGGCGGUUGUAUGCCAAGGCCGGAUUCGAGUUGAAAGCUACCGAGGAACAUCAAGCCUGGGGAGAGAAGCGAAUGGGAGAGACUUGGGAGCUUCAGCUGAAAUAG